UGAUUAGAUACAUUCUGUUGUUGGGUCAUCUUUUGUAAGGUAACUCACUUUGCUUUCAGUGCCUGUGAAAGAAAAUGUCAACCAGCACUGUUAAUCCCGAACUAGUGAAGGCUAGGACACAAGCAACAUUCGACCCUCUGCAGUUAACCUAUUUUCUUUAUGAUGGACCAGAAAAAACUAAGAGAAAACGAUACUUGCAAAAUAUCGCCAUCAAGGAAUGUGAAGAACAAGGAUUUAAACGCAGUGCUGAGCUGACCAGAGAGGAACAGUAUGAACAGGCUAUUCGAAAAACCACAUAUACUUACAAAAGAAUUGUCGAGCUUGGACUCAAAGAUCCAGUAGAGUUAUACAUGUUUAAAGAGCCAAUAUUUCCAAGUGAAUCAUCACCUUUUGGCCUUCAUGAAAGCAUGUUUUUACCAACACUACAAAAACAAGGGACUGAUACUCAAAGACAAAAAUGGGUCCCUCUUGCCAAACAGUAUGGUGUUUUGGGAACAUAUGCUCAAACUGAACUAGGGCAUGGCACAUUUUUACGAGGACUAGAAACCACUGCAACUUAUGAUGUCAAAACGAAGGAAUUCAUCAUAAACACUCCCACAAUUACAGCCUCUAAAUUUUGGCCAGGAGGAUUGGGCAAAACAUCCAAUCAUUGUGUUGUUAUGGCCAAGCUUAUAUUAGCAGGCAAGGACUAUGGUAUGCAGUCUUUCAUUGUUCCUAUCAGAGAUGUUCAAACUCAUCAACCUUUGCCAGGUGUAACUGUAGGAGACAUUGGUCAGAAGUUUGGAUAUGGUGCUAUGGAUAACGGUUUCUUGAGAUUAGAUAAUGUGAGAAUUCCAAGAGAGAAUAUGCUCAUGAGAUAUGCUCAGGUUUUGGAAGAUGGCACAUUUGUCUCCCCUAAAAAUGACAAGCUGGUGUAUGGGUCUAUGACUUUAAUUCGAGCUCAAAUUGUUGGGGGUACUGCAAGGGGUCUGGCUAAGGCUGUAACCAUAGCAACCAGAUACAGUGCUGUCAGGAAGCAGUCAGAAAUUGUACCUGGUGCUGGUGAAGUAGCAGUCCUGGAAUUUCAGACUCAACAGCAUAAAUUGUUAGUGCAGAUUGCUUCAGCUUAUGCUUUAAGUGUAGCUGGUCGUGCUUCAUUGGCUGCAUAUACUAGAGUUUCUGCUCAAAUUGAAUCUGGAGCCUUGGAGGAACUUCCUAUACUUCAUGCUCUCUCUGCCGUUUUGAAAGCCUUCAGUUCAUGGGAAAUGGCUUAUGGAAUUGAACAGUGUCGAAUGGCAUGUGGUGGUCAUGGGUACAUGUUGGCCAGCGGCUUGCCCAAGAUUUAUGCUCAUGAGGUUCCAGCCUGCACAUAUGAAGGGGAAAAUGUUGUGCUGUGUCUCCAGACAGCAAGGUUCCUUGUGAAAUGUCAAGAUGCUGUUAACAAUGGGGAAAAGGUUCCAUCUUUUGUCAGUUACUUGAAGAAGCCUAAGAAUGUUCAGAGUCAGCUCUCUGACAAAAUUGACCUGAAACAGUUAAUAGAGGCUUAUGAACACAGAGCUGGCAGAAUGAUUGCUGAAGCAACUGAAAGAAUAAAAUCUCAGUUAAGCAAGGGUCUUAAACCAGCAGAAGCUUGGAAUGAAUCCUCGCAGAUGUUGCUUGAAGCAUCUCUGGCAUUUGGUCAUGCUUUUGUGGUACGUGCUUUUAUUGAGACUGUGGUGUCUGCAAAACUUGAGCCAUCCCUGGCCUCUGUAAUGACCCAAUUGUGUGAACUGUAUGCCCUGAAUGGAAUAAAUAAGUAUUCAGGACAGUUUGCAAAGGGGGGCUACUUCAAUGACCGACAGCUAGAGUUGAUGGAAAGUCGUGUUUAUGAUUUGCUGGCAGCACUGAAACCCAAUGCUGUGGCCCUUGUGGAUGCAUUUGACUUCCCUGACCUUGUGCUUGACAGUGACUUGGGACGUUAUGAUGGCAAUGUCUACGAAGCUCUUAUGAAAUAUGCUGAGCGCUCUAAACUAAAUGAAUCUGAAGUGCAUGAAGCAUUUUACAAGUACCAAAAACCUUUUGUUGAUUAUAUGAAGUCUGUUCAGUCUAAAUUAUAACCUGGCCCAGUGAAAAGUGAAUAUUACUGUUGCAAUAAAUAAGUUGUUGUUUUGUAAAGUAUGUAUUAAUAUUUACACCAUACAACUCAAACAGAAUUUUAAAGAAUUAAUAUUUAAAACAUUUCAACUACUUACAAAAGGGCAAAAAUUAAAUAUUAAAUCUAUUUAAUACUUAUGCUUGAGUAGGCAUAUGCUAUAAUAACAAUUUAUGUAUUUCUCAUUGAUUCCUCCAUAGUUAUCUUUAUUUUACAUAAUUCUGCUAUCCAUGUUUUGGUGUAAGUAAUUAAAUAUGCUUUCCCUUUAAAAAAAACAAAAACUUCUUAAAUUACCUCUUGGAUUUGCUCAUAUUCCUUGUGUUACCAAGGGAAUUUUAAAAAAAAUUUUUGUAAACAGAAAGAUUUUUAUACUCAGCUUUUUAUCAAAUUGUGAGAAAAUAUUUUUUUUAUCAUGUAAGUUUUUGUGAAAUGCUUUAGUUGUAAUUUUUUUGUUCAAUCCCUUUGAUUCACAAUUGUCAAUGUUCUUAAAGCAGAAAUUUUGGGGCAGCUAAUUUAUUUUUGUAUGAAAUUAUUGUCCUUGAAGAACUUAUUUCAUGAGUUUGUAGGUUUUUUUUUAAUGAAUGAAAUCUUUGAAUUAUUUUGUGUUUUAGUCUACCAACUGAAUAUUUGUUAAACUUUGUGAUAUUUUAUAAAUGACUUUACUAAAAUCACUCUAAUAUGCUCAGUCGAUAAACGCAGAAAUGUUUAUCAUGUUGAUGAAAUAACAUUAAUCAUACAAUUUGUGUA